AUGCUGCUGCUCCUGCUUCUCUUAGUGUCCCAUUUUCCAUGUGGGACGCUGAUGACCAAAUGUCCAUUAAAUGUGCUGAAAGAAGAAAAACACGAAUUUAAUUAUUACAAGCCAGGAGAUUUCCUGAUUGGUGGAAUCAUUUCUACAUCUAACGCUCUAUUUAAACCAUACAGUUUCUUUAAGCCUCCAAACCACCGUUUUGUAAGUAUAAAGAGUAUGAGCUUCUGGCACGUCCUGCCCUUCUUCUUUGCCAUUCAUGAGAUCAACCAGAAUCCAAAGCUCUUACGAAACAUCACCCUGGGCUACAGCAUCUAUGAGAACUUUUUCAAUGCAAGGAUAACAUAUGAGGUGAUGAUGGAUUUGCUCUCUACAGGGCAAGAGAAUGUCCCAAACUACAGUUGUGGAAGACAAAACAAUCUUCUGGCUGUACUUGAAGGGACUGAUUCAGAACUCUUUAAUUACAUUUCAGCUAUGUUGGGCAUCUACAAAGUUCCACAAAUCAAUUAUGGGGUCAUCAGUCACAUUCCAGAGCAGAAACACCAUUUUCCAUUUUUCUAUCGGGUGACUCCAAAGCAAGAACCUCCUCACUUGGCAAUUGUCAAACUGCUGCUCCAUUUCCGAUGGAUGUGGAUCGGCCUCGCUGCUCCGGACAAUGAAACUGGGGACAGGUUCAGAAGAACUUUCGUGCUAAGAACCGUACUGGAUGGUGUCUGUGUUGCCUUCUCUGAAAGAUUACCCAAAGUUCAGGAUCAAAAGCAAAAAAAGCACUUCCUUCAAUAUUUUAGCGACACUAAAGCGAAAAGUAUUGUUUGUCAGUUGGACUCUCAGGCCAUAUUAACCCUAGCAGUGCUAAUACGAAAUAUUGAAAAAAAUCAAAUCCUGUUUAAGGAGAAAGUAUGGAUUGCCACAGCUUUGUCGGAUAUCAAUGUUUGGAAGAGAUGCCUAGAAAAAGAGACCUGGGAGAUCCCACCCCAGGAUCUGGUUGAGAGAAUCCUGUCUGAGGAUGGCUGCAGUGUUUCCACAAUAAUCCAGGUUGUGGCCUGGGCCCUCAGUGCUGCAUUUUCCUCCCAAAGGAGUAAGAGGAAGAUGCGUAUUUGGGAUAACCAGAUGCUCCAUCCUUUUCUAAGAAACUUCCAGAUUUCCAAUUUUUCUGUAAAUGAUGUUUAUUUGGAUGAGAAUGGAAUUUUUAUUGUCAACUUUGAUAUUAUGGACUGGGCAGUAUUUCCCAACAAAUCUGCUGCUGGGGUGGUAAUUGGGAAUAUUGGAAAAGAAGAAUUCUCUUCAGAUCUCAAGAUCUUUGUCCAUGAGAGCGCCAUCAUAUGGCCAACGUCUUUUAACCAGAAGGCCCCCUUUUCUAGGUGUACUGAAAGUUGCCUCCCAGGAUAUACCAAGCUCAUGAGAGAGGGAGAACCACUUUGCUGCUAUGACUGUUCUCCAUGUAUGGAAGGAACCAGCUCUGUGCAGGAAGAUGUAGCCCAUUGUGAAAAAUGUCCAGAUGACCACCACUCCAACCACAAGCGAGAUCAGUGUGUCCCCAAAGUAAAAACAUUUCUUUCCUACAGAGAAAACUUAGGUCUUGUCCUGGCUAUCUCUGCCCUUUUUUUGUCUCUAACCACUGCCUUAGUUCUAGGAAUCAUUAUUAAAUAUCGAGAAACUCCCAUAGUCAAAGCCAACAACCGGGAUCUCUCCUACAUUCUGCUGAUCUUUCUCCUGCUUUCCUUCUUGACUUCCCUUCUAUUCAUUGGUCAACCCAAGAAAGUGACCUGCCUUCUUCGACAAACUGCCUUCAGUGUUGUUUUCUCAGUUGCCGUGUCAUCCUUGCUGGCCAAGACUAUCAUGGUGGUGGUGGCAUUUCUGGCCACAAAGCCAGGCAGCAGAAUGAGAAAAUGGCUGGGGAAAUCUUUGGCCAAUUUCAUCAUCUUCUCCUGCUCCGGUGUUCAAGUGGGCAUCUGUUUCAUAUGGCUGGGAAUCUCUCCCCCAUUCCCAGAUUCUGACCUAUACUCCCAACCAGGACACAUCCUUCUCCAAUGCAAUGAAGGUUCAGUUGCAAUGUUUUACAGUGCCCUUGGCUACAUGGGCUUUCUGGCUUCCAUCUGUUUUUGGGUGGCUUUUUUAGCCCGAAAGCUACCAGGGGCCUUCAACGAAGCCAAGUGGAUCACCUUCAGCAUGCUGCUCUUCUGCAGUGUUUGGGUUUCUUUUGUCCCCACCUACCUGAGCACCAAAGGGAAAUACAUGGUGGCUGUGCAAAUCUUCUCCAUCCUGACCUCCAACCUGGGCUUACUUUGCUGCAUCUUUUUCCCAAAAUGUUACAUCAUCAUUCUGAGACCUGACUUGAACAUGAAGGGGCAUCUAAUUGUGAAAAAUGAGAGCUCUUGA